UUAGGGACCUGCGCACUCACCCGUCACAUCCCUACAGCCAACCUCCUCCCUCCCGUCCAUCUAGCUAGGCUAAUCCACCCAUUUCACGUCGGACACUACAAGCAUAAUGAAUGACGUGCGAUGGCUCUGUAUUCAAGCUCGAUACUGUGGCACCAGCUGACCGCAGUUGCUCUUUUCACUGGGUGACAGAUGCGUCACCAUCUCUGUUUCCGCUGAACAUCAGCUCAAGCCUGUCGUCCAACAGCCGUCGCUCUUUCUACCAGAUCACGGAUGCGCCUUCCUUCUCACAGUUCUUCUUUCUUUCUUAUCCAUCGUCCAACUCAUGCCACUCCUUCAUAUACCCAUUUCACCUUUCUCUUUCCUUCUCAGCUAUCGUUCAGCCUAUGUCACUCCUUCAUAUACCCUUUUCACCUUUCACUUUCUUUCUCAUCCACCGUUCAGCCUAUGUCACUCAUUAUAUACCCUUUUCACUUUCUUUCUCAUCCAUCGUCCAGCCUAUGUCACUCCUUCCUAUACCCUUUUCACCUUUCUCUUUCCUUCUCAUCGUCCAGCCUAUGUCGCUCCUUCAUCUACCCUUUCCACCUUUCUCUUUCCUUCUCCGCUUCAUAUACCCUCUUCAUCCUUCUUUCCCAAUUCUCUCUUCAUAUUUAUUGUUCGACCCACGUCACUCCUUCAUAUACCCUUUUCACCUUUUUCUUGGCCCUCCGACAUCUAUCCCUUCCUCAAUCCUCAAGUCCACCAGCCGCUCUUGCCCUCUACCUCCCCCUUUCGCGCACCAUGGUUCACUCGCAGCUCCAUGCCUAGUCUUUCGACAUCUUGCGUUUCUUCUCUGCCCCGGGGGCUUACACCUAUUCACACCGGAAAUGCCUAUGCCUCAUGACUUUACGACUUUACGACCUCAUGACCUUAUGACUUUACGACUUCAUGAUACCCCCCAUGCCACUUUUCCUUUAGUUUUUAUGCCACGCCACUAUUUCUAUGCCUUAUGCCCUAUGCCCUAAGCCCUAUGCCCCAUGCCUUAUGCCUUAUGCCACUUUUUCCUUUUGCCAUACUAUGCCCUGUCU